AGCAAGCAAUAGCGACAAUUACGUUACUACUUUGGAUAUCAACCACCUCGCAUCACCACCACCACCACCACCACCACCCACCAUCGCUUCGUUUCUCUCUCUGCCCUGCCCUGCCCUGCUCUGUGCUGUGCUUUCGAAGGCCACAUUCCUCCUCCUUCCCCUCCCAUGGCUUCCUCUCCCGAGAUCUGACGCUCUCCCCCGCUCCUCCCUUCGACCCAUUUCCAUUUCUCUCGCCCUAGAUAUCUCGCCCUUUCUCCUCUCCCCGAAUGGGUAGCAAGUGGAGGAAACUCAAGCUCGCCCUCGGCUUGGACACCGCCUGCCUCUACGUCCCCCAGACCCUCGACGACCCCGCUCCUCCCCCUGCCUCCGACGCCGCCGCUGCAGCCAGGUUCUCCGACGCCGCCUCGCUCUCCCCGACCGACCGCUCCCUCUUCCGCCGCCCCAGGACACCCACCCCCUCGUCCUCCGGCCUCCGCUUCCCCAAAUCGUCCUCCCCAAAAUCCUCCAAGAGGACCUGUGCAAUAUGCCUGAACACCAUGAAACCAGGAGAGGGCCAUGCUAUUUUCACUGCAGAAUGUUCCCACUCUUUCCACUUCCAUUGCAUUACCUCCAAUGUGAAACAUGGAAACCAACUGUGCCCCGUUUGUAGAGCAAAGUGGAAGGAAAUUCCUCUUCAGAAACCUGCUUCUGGCCUUCCUCAUGGAAGGGCAAGAAUUGAUCCACUAGGUCGGGCACAAGAUGACGGAUGGCUGACUGUUUUGCCCCGGAUACAUCAGGCCAGGUUAGAUGGUGGUAGGCCAAUCUCAUCACAUCCACAUGGCCCUGAGCCUAGUCGUUUUGACGAUGAUGAACCAUUGGAUAGUGAACCAGAUAACAGUGAGGAAAGUACAUUGGGUACUCCUGAUGUCUGUAACACUUCUUUUGGGAUUGUGGAGGUCAAGAUGUACCCAGAAGUUCCAGCUCUUUUGAGAUCGACUUCUACUGAUAAAUUCAACGUGCUAAUCCAUAUUAAAGCUCCCCAAGCCAAUAAGAGAAAGGAUAUCAGUGAAACUCAGGCUGAAUCCCUGCAAACUCAGAAGUCUCGAGCUCCUAUCGACUUAGUAACUGUGCUUGAUGUAAGCGGCAGCAUGGCCGGUAGUAAACUUGCUCUGUUGAAACGGGCAAUGGGGUUUGUAAUACAAAACCUUGGCCCAUCUGACCGUCUCUCAGUCAUUGCAUUCUCUUCCACGGCACGCCGUCUCUUUCCUCUGCAGAGGAUGACAGAUAUCGGCCGGCAGCAGGCUCUACAGGCAGUUAAUUCUCUGACUUCAAAUGGUGGGACCAAUAUUGCCGAAGGCUUAAAGAAAGGUGCCAAGGUCUUAUCAGACCGAAAGUGCAAGAAUCCUGUAGGUAGCAUCAUUUUAUUGUCUGACGGACAAGACACAUAUAGCGUCAGCAGUCCAGGUGCUUCGGCUGCUUCCCAUUGUCGAGGAGCUCAGCAAUCUCUCUUGCCCCUGGCAAUGUUUCAGAAAGAUGGCACAGGUUUGCAGAUUCCUGUACACACAUUUGGGUUUGGCACAGACCAUGAUGCUGCCAUGAUGCACUCUAUUGCUGAAACAUCUGGGGGCACAUUCUCCUUCAUAGAAGCCGAAGAUGUCAUCCAAGAUGCAUUUGCUCAAUGCAUAGGUGGACUUCUGAGCGUUGUCAUACAAGAGCUACAGGUGAAGGUUCAGUGUGCGGACCCAAGUUUGCAAUUUAGUUCAAUUAAAUCUGGAAGUUACCAAAGCACCUUGUCAUCUGAUGAAAGGGCGGGGUCUGUUGACGUUGGGGAUCUGUAUGCUGAAGAAGAACGGGAUUUUCUCGUGACGAUCAAGAUUCCAGUAGAUGAUUCUGGUCAUGAGCUGUCAUUGCUGAAGGUUAUAUGUGUUUAUAGAGAUCCUAUUACAAAAGAGUUUGUUAGCUUGGAAGAAGCUAGUGAAGUAAAGAUCCAGAGACCAGAAACAGCUGAGCCACUCGAGGUAUCCAUGGAAGUGGAUCGGCAACUCAACAGACUCCGCGCAGCGGAAGCAAUGGCAGAGGCUAGGGCUGCUGCUGAACGUGGAGAUAUGGCGGCUGCAGUCUCAAUCUUGGAGAAUUGCCUGAGGGUUUUGUCUGAAACUGUCUCUGCACAAGCCGCCGAUCGCUUAUGUACUUCCCUCUGUGCGGAACUGAAGGAGAUGCAGGAAAGAAUGGCCAAUCGCCGCAUAUACGAGGCAUCCGGUAGAGCUUAUGUGCUCUCAGGAUUGAGCUCCCACUCGUGGCAGAGGGCAACCGCGCGAGGUGAUUCAACAAAUAGCAAUAGCCUUGUGCAAGCUUACCAGACCCCGACAAUGGUCGACAUGGUCACCCAAUCUCAGACCAUGAUUCUAGGGAAUCCAAUGCCUCGGAGGAAACUUCGGCAGGCUCUGUCUUUUCCUGGACCUCGUCCAAGGGAAAAAAAGAGUGGAUUUUGGGGUUUGAUGUGUGGGUGGAGUUUCUUGAAUGCAUUAGAUACUAAUGGAAAUCCAUCUGCAGAAAGUGAUUCUUCUGAUUGUUUAAGAAGAAGUGGGGCAAUCUAAUCGGGUCAUUGAUGUGAAGUAAUUAGUCUUAUUCUUGCAUCUAGUUACUCAGAAAAGGGACAAGCAUAUACUUAUUUGUGUUUGAGGCGGCUGAUGAUUGAUGGCGCGAAAUCAAUUUCGUGGUGGAAAGCAUCUUGAACUGAUUGUACCGUAACGAUUCGAAACGUCCUGGUUGAAUCGGAAGUUCAUGCCUGACUCUUGAACAUCCACCCAAGCGAUAGAGCGUAUUCGUUUUGCUCUUGGAAUCAGUACAUGCGCUCUCUGGAGAUCGCCAUCCGGAAGGUUAAAAACCAAUUUAAGUAAGAUAGUGAGGAACAGGUUAGCCUAAAUCCGGAUGCAUCCGUUCGGGAAAGA